AUGAUCUCUCCUGACGAUGACGAUGGUUUGAGCAGGAGGUUGACCGUGCUGUACGGCAGCCAGACGGGAAACGCAGAGGAUGUGGCCAACAGGAUCGCAAGAGAAGCAAGACGGCGACACUGGAUCGCACGCUCUCUCGCGAUGGACGACUAUGACAAGAGCGAAGUGCUCGAGGAGCAGUGGAUCAUCUUCGUAGCAGCAACGAGCGGGCAAGGGCAAGAGCCAAGCAAUAUGAGAUCAUUCUGGCAAUUCCUCUUGCGAUCCGAUCUGCCCGCUCAGCUACUCGACCAGCUUCGGUUCACAGUGUUUGGCUUGGGAGAUAGCAGCUAUUCCAAGUACAAUUGGCCUGCCAGAAAGCUCUGGAACAGGUUGCUCAUGCUCGGCGCUGUCCCUUUUCACGAGAAGGGCGAAGCGGACGAUCAGCACUAUGCAGGGAUAGAAGGCACGCUCGAUCCUUGGCUUGAGGAUUUGUGGCGAACAUUGGACGCGCUCAUGCCUAUGCCGGCUCAUCUCAAUCUCAUCCCAUCGACAGCCAUGCCUUCCGCGCGAGUGUCACUCUCGUCAGCCAAACAGAGCACCCUUUCCGAUGUUGUCAGCUCGUCUCAAGACCUCGUCUGGGCGACUGUCUCUCGCAACGAACGAGCAACUGCGCCAGACCAUUUCCAAGACACGCGUUAUUUUGAUCUCACGCUGGACGAUGCUACGCAAUGGAGAGCGGGUGAUGUGCUCGAGUUGAAGCCCAAGAACAUCCAGAAGGAUGUAGACAUGUUCCUCAAGCAUGUCAGAUGGGCAGACCAAGCGGAUCAACCGCUCAGAAUAGAAUCUGCAUCGCAAGAUCAACCUUUACCGCCCUAUUGGCCUGCGAUCGCGACCGUGCGGCAGAUUUGCAGGGAGCUAUUGGACAUCUUUGCCGUUCCUCGAAGGAGUUUCUUCGAGAUGCUCGCCUACUUUGCAAAGAGCGACCUCGAAGCCGAGCGCCUGCGCGAGUUUUGCAUGCCCGCCAAUCAGGACGAGCUGUGGGAUUACUCCACCCGACCAAGGCGGACGAUCACAGAGGUGCUGUCCGAGUUCAAAUCUGUCGAGAUACCACUGGCGUACAUCUUUGAUGUCUUUCCCGAGAUCAAGCCUCGGCAGUUCUCCAUCGCUUCGUCAUCGCUCGUCGAUCCAAAGCGCGUGCAAUUACUCGUUGCAAUUGUGGACUACAAGACGAUCUUACAUCUGCCAAGGCGAGGCGUGUGCACACACUGGCUCAAGACCCUACAGCCAGGCACGAGGCUGCAAGUCAAGAUCAUGCCUGGCUCGCUCGAGACGCCAAAAGAGAUCAACACGCCUAUCAUCUGCGUCGGUCCCGGUACCGGCAUCGCACCCUUUCGUGCAUUAGCACAAGAGCGAGCAGCUCAGACCGAGCAAACAGAUCUGACGAUCUUCUUUGGCUGUCGAUCGCUCGAGAAGGACUUCUACCAUGCUCAAGAAUGGCAAAAGGCGCACGAUGCUGGCCGCCUGAAGUUUAUCGUAGCAGCUUCCCGCGACACGCCGGACAAAGUAUAUGUCCAGCACAAGCUUCGAGAGGAAGCAGUCUGGCUGUGGCAACUUCUUCGGCAAGGGGCACAUGUAUAUAUAUCGGGUUCUGCGGGUCAGAUGCCCAAAUCAGUUCGCAAAGCGCUCAUCGAGAUCAUCGAGACGCAAAGUCACGUUAGCAGGAUGGAAGCGCAAGCGUAUCUGGACACGAUGGAAGCAGAUGGUAGAUUGCAAGAGGAGACCUGGUCGUAA